ACAGACAGCAGCUCGGCAGCGCGCGGGAUAACAUGAUUAGCGCUCCAUUAGGUCCAACACUGCUCUCUAUAGAUGCAGCACAGGGAUCAUUGUGAGGGGAGAGAGAAGAGACACGGAGCGGAGACUUCACGCUUCGUCCGCCACAUGGAUCUGCUCAGCUGCUCAUUGAUCAGCUUAAAGAAGUUACACACGUAGUGUUUCUUUAAUGCACGCGCAUCUCAGGCACCGGAGUGGCUGUUUCACCAGCUUCAGAUGAACUGACAGCCUUACAAAAGAUCAGAGCGUAUCCUCGAGGAGCCUGCUCAUGAUGAAAGAGAAAAAUCCAGGAAAGCCUCACAGGGCUGAUUCAGUCGUUUCCUUUCUCUUCCCUGCUGUGAGCUACUAGCUCUGUCCUUCCUGGUGAUGAUUUUUGUUAACCUCAGGUGAACUCAAAUACAAAGUGGGCCAAUCUGCUCUGAUGGGGUUCUACAGUAACACCACCAACCGGACUCUUCCAGGCGGGGCCCCUUACAGCCUGCAGAUCUCCCUGCCGCUCACAGUGCUGGUUGGGAUCAUGAUCCUGCUCACUGUGUUUGGAAAUGUGCUGGUGGUCAUCGCUGUGUUUACAAGUCGGGCCCUUAGGGCUCCACAGAACUUAUUCUUGGUGUCUCUGGCAUCGGCGGACAUCUUGGUGGCCACCCUGGUGAUGCCCUUCUCUUUAGCCAAUGAGCUGAUGGGGUAUUGGUACUUUGGUGAAGUGUGGUGUGAGAUCUAUCUAGCUCUUGAUGUUCUUUUCUGCACCGCCUCUAUCGCUCACCUGUGUGCCAUCAGCCUGGACCGCUACUGGUCCAUCACACAGGCCAUCCAGUACAAUCUCAAGAGGACGCCAAGGCGCAUCAAGUGCAUCAUCUUCAUCGUGUGGGUCAUCGCUGCAGUUAUCUCCUUCCCUCCUCUGAUCACCAUGGAGAAAGAAAACAGCGAGGAGGAGCCUGUGUGUAAGAUCAAUAAUGACAAGUGGUACGUUAUCUCCUCCUGCAUUGGCUCCUUCUUCCUCCCAUGUGUCAUCAUGGUGCUCGUCUACGUACGGAUCUACCAGAUCGCCAAAAAGAGAACGCGGGCACCACCGGGAGACAGGAAACGGAAGGAGAUCGGAAAGACAGCGACCAUAGCUGCAUCCAACCGGAAGGAGAAUGGCGUGGGAGCUGGUGAUGCACAGAAACUGAACGGUGAACAGGACAUUGAGCUGAGGGAGAAAGUGGGGGGCGAAGGAGUGGUGGAGGAGGAGAAGGGUGAGUUGAACGGGGUGGAUCUUGAGGACUCCUCCUCCUCUGACCACAAAGUGAACAAUCCCUGCUCCAUCAAAAAGAAAUCAACCAAGGGGAAAACUAAACUGAGCCAAAUCAAACCAGGAAACAGUGAGAUCAAAAAGCGUGAGCCGAGCACGAAGGGUAGCCGCUGGAAGGGCCGGCAGAACCGCGAGAAACGCUUCACCUUUGUCCUUGCUGUGGUCAUUGGAGUUUUUGUCAUCUGCUGGUUCCCUUUUUUCUUUACCUAUAUGCUGAUGACACUCUGUGAGUCCUGCCCCGUGCCUGACACACUGUUCAAGUUCUUCUUCUGGUUCGGCUACUGCAACAGUGCUUUGAACCCGAUCAUCUACACCAUCUUCAACAACGACUUCAGGAGGUCGUUCAAAAAAAUACUGUGUAGGAGGGACGCUAGAAGAUACGUAUGAUGGACUCCAUCUUUAUGUACAUACUUUUUAAAAUUUUUUUUACAUAAACUGUGAAAUACAUCCACCAUUGUGCAUGGGUCUCUGGCUUUUUAUUGCUCAUGGUGAUACAGCUUGGAGAGGAUGAGCUUUAUGUGCAGCAUCUUUUUGAAAAAUACACCAACAAGGCUUCGACACCAACCAUGUUCAAACAAACAUAACAGAACACCACAGUGAAAACAUGUUAUUUUUAUUUGUAUAAAUGCUAAAUCAUAUGUGUCGUACUUUACAGCUGUUCGUUGUACAAACAUGUCUGGAUAUUUGUCUCUAUUUUUCGCUGUUAUGGAUACAGUAUUGUGCCAUUUCUAUGAUAUUGGUGACAUUGGUAAAGACAAUGGAAAUAACUAAGAGUAAAGGGAGGGUGCUGGCUCUUUAAAGAAUAAAAGCCUUUUCUUUAUGGAUCUCAAGGCUCUUCUGCAAGCGACACAAACACAAACAUGAAAGCUUCUUAGAAUAAGGAAAGGAAACCAAAGUAAAGACAGGAAUUUUGCCCUUUUAGAGCCUGAUCUGGUGUUAACAUCUGCAUUGGCUUCUUAAAUGAAGAGGAGCUAUUUUUCUGUGAUUCAAGGGAAGUUAUGCAAACUUAGAACCAGGAGUGCAAGCCCGGAGCGCCCCUUGUGUCAACCUCUACUCAAACAAAGCAGCGCAGAUUCACUGGUAUUAUACAUGUGACCUUUGUGAAGGAUUAGAGAGAAGUUUAGAUCUUAAUGAGCCCUAAUGUAGAAGAACAAAUGUUCUUUGGUGUUUGGAUUAAUCACAUUUUAUUAGAUGAAGGUCUUUUGUUGAUUCUCCCCUAAAAAUGCAUUUUUAAUACUUAUCCCUUCUUAAUGUGAGCAUGCUUGUAGAGACAGAUUAAUGAAGCAUCUGUAAGUGAUCAAUACAGUUGUGACACAUGACAUAGGAAAGAAGAAAUAACGGUCCAUUUACGUUUGUGUAUUGUCGGUAUGCUUCAUUAAGUGAAGACACUGAGCCUGCCAGAGCUGAACCUGACUGACUGGUCUCUGUCUCUGCUUCCCUCUUUGAGUCUCAGAGUCUGAAAAAGAACGUCCAUCAUCUGUGCACUGAAUUCAGAGUCUAACUCUUCCCACUGGAGGGACUGUGAGUAAAUGCAUUUUAUUUUGACAUUCAGGGAAGGUAGUUGAGCUGAGCCAGCUUCAGGAAGCUAAAUGGCUCUUCUGGGAGUGUCUCUGUCAGUGUAUCCAGCACCUUUAGCCUGCCAUGUGCUCUGAUUCAGCUGCUGGUGAGGUUUCCCGGCACGUCUGCAAAAUGUCUAAGUGUUCGAGUCUGUGAGAAAGACGCUGUGUGUGUGUGUGUGUGUGUGUGUGUGAGAGAGAGAGAGUGCAUGUGAGUGCACUCUCUCUCUCUCCAUGUGUGUGAGAGAGAGAGAGUGCAUGUGUGUGCAGUACAUGUAAACACAAAGGAUGAGCUCCCACUGGACAGACAAGUUUGCUGUAAUCGUGCUGAUACGCUGUGUUCAGUGUUGUGGAAGAUUUCCUGGGAUUACUUCAGAGAAAAUGCAAACAUCAAGCGUCAUGCUGAAUAGAGAAAAAAUGGUUUCUGAUAAUUGUGGAGUCAUAAAAGAUAGCCAUUGGGAGAAAGAUUUUUUUUUAAUGAAUCAAUGUCAGAGGAAUGCCUUUGAAUCUACUCUGACAUUGUCAAAGAUAGCAUUUUCCCUUUUAUUUUGUUUGAUAUUCUUGUAUUUAAGUGCAAUAGAAGGACACUGGUUGUUUGUUCUUUCUCUCUUCACUUGAAGUGAAAAGAUUUCAUCUGAUUGUGGCAUCAAAAGAAAAAUCUGCAGGAACUGAUCUGUGCAAGAUAAACUUCAAGCCAGAAUUGACUUUAAAUAAAUAAUAUUGGGAGAAAAAUUACAUAAAUUAAAGGUACAAUGUGUAAUAUUUAUCCUAGUAGCAUUUAACAAAGCAAAUUUGGUAAAAUGGAACACAAUAUUUAUAUGGAGGGCUGUCAAAAUUUGUGUUGCAUAACCUGAAGAAAAAUAAAACUGUUUUAUUUUUAUUGAUUCAAAAUAAGCCUUUUAUUCAUACAUGGGGAGGGUCCCCUCCAUGGAGUCUGCCAUCUUGGAUUUCUGUUUCUUGCAUGUCUCCACAGUACCAGAGAAAGGACCAAAUAAAACAACUUUAUAUCUUCAGGUGAAUAAACACUCACUAGAAUAGGCCUACUUAUAACUAUUAUGUUCCAUUUUUUACCAUGUUUCUUCUGCCAAAUGCUACUAGACUAAAUGUUUAACACUGCACCUUUAAUUGUUGAGCAAAAGUACCUCCUUUUCAUUGUAGACAUUCUGCAGAUUUGCACCUACAGCCUCAAUUUGAUCAUAAUGCCUAGUGGCUUAUACAAGCAUAUUGUUGCAAACAAAAAACUUUCAUUAACAGAUCAUUUUACUGGUUUUAUGACAGUGUCCUGUUUCUAGCUGUAUGUUCCUGAGCUUGCUCUCAACAGUAACACCGUGUCCUAGCAGCAUGUGAGCAUCAGGCAUUGCAUCACAUUGCAUGCUUGCUGUCGACACUGCUUCUGUUAAGAAUAUCAUUCUCUGCUCUGUAAAUUUCCAGCUCUUGAUGAUGUCUAGUGCUUUUAUUUUGAUGGCAGACACAUUAGGUUAGUAAUGACAAGCCUUUGUCAGCUUUGAGCGGAACCGUUUUGUCUCCGUUUGGGCACAAGCUGGAGCAGAGCAUUGCAAACAGAUAUUUUAAAUGCACUGCUAUCCCCUCUUUGUGCAGCAAGCUAAUAAGCUCUGUGAGUGAGGAAGUGAAAGAAACUCAAUGAAAUACUCAUGUCUAACUCUCUUGGUGCCUUGUCAUUUCCCUGUGUCCUUGUUCCUUCUCUAUUAUAACACGACACGGCAACAGAACAAAAAAGCACUGCUUCUUGGAACAAUAUUUUCAUCUUAGUCUUAUGGUAUGGCCCUACUGAAGCAGUACAAACCAUACAAUGAUGGACCUCUGAGCUCUUCCUAUCUCUGUUGCUUAUUUGCUUUAUAGGGAGUCUUUAAAAAAACUGCAUUUGAUAAAGUGUGUUUAUAAAUCAGCAAGCCACCAUGCCAUUUUGUGAAUGCAUUUCAAUCUCUGGGGGAGAAAAGCUGUUAAAAAGUUGUUUAAAAGUGGUAGCUUCACAAUGCUAGCACACACAAGCUACAUGCGUUUUUGGGAACUUGCAGCAGCACAAGGCCUGACUGUCCAUGAAACUGAAACGUUGACCCCUCAAUUUUUAAAAAAAGUAAGAAAGCUUAAGAGGUGAGCUGAGCAGAAUGCCCUGUCGCUACCUGGCCUGGACACUUUCAUUGGGGUUAUACUGUUAAAGACUCAGCCUGUAAUAGUAAGGAGGAAAUGCAGUCCCUGGCUGUUACCCAUCGGUAUGAAUCAACUUUGACAUCUGGUGAUUCCUACUCAUUUUUUAAAUAAACAUAGAGACCAUAUUUGGACAACAGAUGUGCAUUUGUAUCUGUUAUGCUGAGAGACCUCGGUGUAAACACAAAUGGCAACCUCCACCUGA